AUGGUUCUUAUUGAAUAUUUGUCUUCAUACAUGGCUAUGGCUGCUCUUGAUGCUCUGAUUUCCAUUGGAGGAAUAGUUGUUGAAUUCGUGGUGGAGCCAGUUGGGCGUCAAUUCAGUUAUGUCCUUCAUCGAAUGGAAUACAUUGAAGAUUUGAGAGACCAAGUUGAAAAGUUAGAGGCUCAAAGAAAAGAUGUGGACGACUUCAUUGAUGCAGCAAAAAGGAAUAGAGAAGAAAUUCUAGAAAAUGUCAACAAUUGGAUUGAAAAAGUUGAUGGGUUCAUAGUAGAGGCUAAAAAGUUUCUAGAAGAUGGUACCAAUGUAAACCAGAAAUGUUUCAUUGGGUGGUUUCCUGAUUUGGUCACACGUCGCCAGCUAGGUAAAGAAGCAAAAGAUAAAGUUGAGGUGGCUAAAGAGCUAGAAAAAGAUGGCUACUUCAAUAGCAUAUCCAAACGAGCUCGUCCCAUGGGGAUAGAGUCCAUACCCUCGGAAAGGCUUGUGACUUAUGAGACCACAAAUUUGGCAAUGAUGAGCGUAAUGAAAGCACUAACUGAUGACAAGAUCAACUUUAUUGGAAUACAUGGUCUUGGGGGUAUUGGAAAGACAACUUUAGUAAAAGAAAUUGGGAAAAAAGCUAAAUCAUAUAAGCUUUUUGAUGAAGUUAUGAUGGCUUUAGUGUCUCAAAACCGAGAUAUUAAAAAGAUUCAAGAUCAAAUAGCUGUUAUGUUGGGUUUCACCAAAUUUACUGAUCAGUCAACUGAAAUUGGAAGAGGAAGCAUGCUUUGUGCAAGGCUCAAGGAUGUGAAAAAGAUCCGUAUUAUAUUAGAUGAUGUUUGGGACAGACUUGAAUUGACAACCUUGUGCAUUCCACUUGGCCAAGAUCCUGAGGGCUGCAAAAUCAUAAUCACAACAUGGCGUGAGCAAGUAUGCAAAACCAUGGCAAAGGAAUGGGAGACAACAAAGAUAGUCUGGCUUGAUGUUUUAUCUGAACAAGAUUCAUGGGACUUGUUUAGAAAAAAUGUUGGCGACACUGUUGACUCUUCUACGUUAAAUGAUGUUGCUAAAGAGAUUUGUAAAGAAUGUGGAGGGCUUCCCAUAGCAGUAGUUACAGUUGGAAAAGCAGUGGAAGGUAAAUGUAACCUUGAAGAAUGGAAAAAUGCAGCUCAAGAAUUAAAAAAAUCAUUGCCAACAAACAUUGAAGGUGUUGAUCAACAAGUGUACAAAACUCUGAGGUUGAGCUAUGAUUACUUGCAAGAUGAGGAAGCCAAGGAUUGCUUCUUGCUUUGUUCUCUGUUUCCCGAGGAUCAUGACAACUUAAUAGAAGACUUGGUACAGUAUGGGAUGGGGUUGAGAUUAUUCAAAAAUGUUGAUACAGUGCCGGAGCCUAGGAGCAGAGCACAGUCUGUGAUCAGCAAUCUCAUAGCUUCAUGUUUGUUAUUAGCUAGUGAUGUACAAGAUUGCAUCAAAAUGCAUGAUGUUCUGCGUGAUGUUGCCAUAUUUACAGGAUCCAAAAAGCAUUUUGUAAGAGCUGGUUGCAAUUUGAAAGAUUGGCCAAAUGUGGAUAGUUUGGAUAAAUACACAGGCAUAUCAUUGAUGAGAAAUCAGAUCAGUAACCUUCCUGAGGUCUUGGAAUGUUCAAAGCUCCAAAUAUUACCAUUUCAAGACAAUCUAAAUGCAUGGUCAUGUUCACAUGAAUUCUUUUCUAGGAUGAAGGCACUUAGUGUUUUAGAUUGGAGCCGACACUUCUACCCUCAUCUUGACAAUCCAAUUCGUUGUCCUGAUACUUUCAAUAACCAGACGUGUCUUCGAACAUUAGUUCUUGAAGGAAUUAAGUUUGGGGACACUAAAUGUCUUGGACAGUUAAAGAUACUUGAAGUCCUUAACCUCAGGCGUGCCUUAUUUUCUGAGGUACCAAAUGCUAUAAAGGAGUUAACUAAUCUAAGGUUAUUGGACAUGACUGGAAGCUUUCAUGAAUUUCUCAUUCCGGCUGCAAUGGUAUCACCUUUAUGCCAUUUAGAGGAGUUGUACUUGUUUGGCAGCGUAACUUGGAGGAUUGGAGACGCUGCAGUAGAAGUAGCUACUGCACUAAGAUCUUGGCCUUGCCUAAAAGUUCUAACCAUUUCCAUAGCUGACAUUGCGCAUAUACCUAAGGACUUUGUUUUUCCUGAGCUGGAAAGUUUUAUCAUCUUUAUCAGAAAAUCAAGUUGGGGAUAUGAAAAUUAUUCCCCAAAUUAUUUGGGACUUGGAAAUUCGGUUGGACCCAUGGUUAAUUGGAGUAAAUGGCUAAAGAUGGUGUUGAAGAGAGCUAUGCAUCUAAGUGUGGAGCAUUUGCAGGACACGAAGAACAUUUUUCCAAAUUUUCAAGCCGAUGUAGAAGGUUUAAAUGUCUUUGAGCAUCUGAGGAUUAAAGAUUGUUGUCAAAUUGAGUACUUGAUCAACACAGAGGAAUGGGGGCAUUUCACCACAGGCACAACCACUUGA